AAUGUAUUGAUUGCAGCCAUAUCUCAACAGACCUGUCUGCUUCUGCUUCCAGUACAUGAUGCGGCCUUUUCGGAUAGCUUCGGCCAGUCAAAUGUGACAAGGGCGACUGGAGAGGCAGCGAGCACCACCAGGCCGCGCCUCUCCCCAGUGCACCAUCGAGCAACGGCUGUGGUGCUUGAAGAAGUGAGACGCCUGCCAGCCGCUUCGACGGGGUCGCAUCUUAGCGGCGGCCGCUUCAAGUGUCCGUUCUGCAGCAAGGCUUUUGCACAUCAGUGGCACCUGGGGCGUCACGUGCGCAUCCACACGGGCGACCGGCCCUUCCGGUGCCACGUCUGCCCGAUGGCCUUCAACCAGAAGAGCACGCUCAUGGGCCACUUGCGCCGCCACACGGGUGACAAGCCGUACCAAUGCCACUUGUGCCGCAUGGUCUUCUCCUGGAAGAGUGCGCUGGCGAAGCACCUGCAGCAGCACGGCGUGAUGGCGACGUAUCAGCAUUCUUCCACAACUGCCCCGAAUCGGUACACAGCAGAUAGCGUUGCCUCUCUUCCCAUCCUGCUUCGCUCCCGCAGAACACUUUUGCCCCUCUGCUUGUUCUCACUUGUGAAAUGUUCCCAGGAACAUUGUGUGCUCACCCUCAUGCCUUCUUUUUUCAUGGCUGCCACAGAACUGAACACCGGAAAUGCAAGAACCACAGAAUGUUCCGCCUGGCCAGAAGCCUUGGUCGACCCACCUGCUGCCACUGCACCACUGCCUGCUCGCGGGCGCCCCGCAGGUGUUGCAAACCGGCCACGCGUUCUGCUCCCAGAUGCAGGCAUCAUCAACAUCAACAUCAGGCCUUACAAGUGUUCGCACUGUGACAAGGGCUUUGCGGACCAGUGGCACCUGCGAAGGCACGUGCGCAUCCACACGGGUGAUCGGCCCUUUGCGUGCCCUUUCUGCCCGAUGGCCUUCAACCAGAAGAACACCCUCAUCGGCCACAUGCGACGCCAUACAGGUGAUAAGCCCUACCGCUGCCAGUUCUGCCGCAUGGCCUUCUCCUGGAAGAGCACCUUUGCCAAGCACGUUCAGCAACAUGGCUCCGAGCACCUUCCGCUCCCAAUCAACUGACAGCUUGCGAGGAGCUUCAGCUAAGCCUUCCUGCUGUUUGAGUGCUUCAUUCACGGUGAUCAAAGGCUUUGUGAACAACUGUGCUAGCUUCCUGUCGUUGUGCACCAUGAGUCUCAGCGUCUUGCCAUCAUCUGUGUGCUUGUGAAAGUGCACGAGUUAACAUCCCGCCACAUAGUUUUGGACAUCUUGCGCUUUACAUCUGAUGGCAGCCUAUGACAUUCUCUGAGGAAGAUCUCUCGCAUGCUGUGGUGCUUUGACUGUUACAAAGGCUUUGAGACACACAGCCUUUUCAUGGUGCCACGUGUAGCAAACCUUGGGGAGCAUUCACCUGUUGCCAGCGUGCGACAACAAACAGUUAUAUGUUCAGUGGCAUGGUCCUUUAUGUACAUCGUACUUGCACGCGACUGAUGAACAGCCAUCGACUGUCGGCUACCUCUUUUUCUACAUGCGUUCCAGCCACAACAUGGAAUUUGCGCACGUAUAGAUUUACCCAUUGAUAUUUUUUUCCUUGUGUCCAGCAAACGUCGUAUGUAAAAAGAAUUUCUUUUUCUAACUUCCUAAUAAGUUGCAGUGAACAGGAGGCCAGCUUCAAGCACUGUGACGUUAGGGCAAACAUGACUAAGCAGUAAAAAGGAGAGUGCAGAACUUGCAGUAACAGCAAAAUUAAAUGGGCCUUGCCUUUAUUUUGUCUGCGUUGUGCUGUGUUCAUGAAGUCACUCAAGAAAGUACAAGCCGCGCUUGUUGCAUUAAAUUUUUGUUUUUUGCCGUGGCAUGUUCCUGGAGCAGUCCCUGCAAACAAAUCAAGCAGAUUCCACAUGUUAGAGUAAGGCAAGCAAAGAGCUUUUGCUGGACUCUUGCUUACAUGGAACUUUGGUGGAGCCUACCUCAUGUAAAAGCAGCGAGAGACUGACAUGUAGAGCACAUACUAUUAGCUGUUGUUUAGAACAUGUUAGUUCUUGCUGGUAGACUUACAACACCUCUGGAGUUGAUUCGUUAUUAACUGCAGUACAACGUGAAGACAAAGGACAGAAACAAAGCGAACACACCAGUGGUCUGUGUGUUCACUUUUGUUUCUGUCCUUUGCCUUCAUGUUGUGCUCCAGUUCACAUAAUGAAUCAACACCAGCUAGCCCUGCUUUAAGUUCUCAUCUCUGAUGUGCCUAAAUAGGCAGACAUGCUACCUUUUUGCACGAAUUCACUUGCCUGUGCAUGGAAGUUGAUUGCUAGCAAGAGUGAUUGUGGGCCACCACCAAUCGAUACCUCUGUUCUAAUCUUUUCACUCAACAUUUUUUUUAUGUAUUGAUUACAACUGCACAUUCACAAACAGCCAACAUGUCGCGAGGCCUCCCACUAGUUGUAGUUGCAUCCAGAUGUGUCCUGAACUAGAGGGAACCUGAAGGUAGCAUUUAUACAUCUUUACUUGUUGAUGGCAUUUCUACACAAAAAGUGCCCAGUACAGCAAUGUUUGCAGUGCGCAUUGUUAGAAAGUCCUGAGAAUGGGAAGUUUAUGCAUGUGCCACCAAUAGGGCCAUCGGGCAGUGUCAAACUCAUUGCUGUUGAUAUGCAGUACAUAAUCAGUGGCCAUGGGAAACAUCUGUUUCCCAUGGCCACUGAUAAUAAAAGAGUCUCAGGAGGAUAUUGAUUGUUGCUAACUGAUAGUGUUGCCACUGCAAAGACACUAAGUUUACUGACCCUGUUCGUAUCUUGCUGUGGACAGCUGAGAAUCUACACAGUUCACCUAGCUUUGGUGAGAGAAAAUGCGACUUGAGAAAUUGAGCUAAUCUGUCCUUGUGCUGAAUUCAGCUGACUGUCUAUAUAUCAUUCUCAGGAAAACACAUGUCGUGCUGUUGAUCUAAUGUACUCCGCACCUUUUUUCAAAUGCACUUCACGUAUGAUGCGUAUUUUAUGUGUGCACUGAUGAAUGUGGCUUUACCUGCUUGAGAAAGUGGAAAGACGCACGUGUGAUAGUUAAGCUUUUCAUGAUACUCACAGUCUUAUCUUUUGGAAGCCUGUUCUCAUCAUCCAACUGCAUUCUUUCAGCUCAGAUAAGCUCCUGAGAUAUGAUUUUAUUGAGCAGUUGUAUUUGCUACCUAUUAUUUGACAGCAGUGCAUCAUAUGUUCAUAAAGUCUCAAUGCACUUUAAUCACCGCAGCAACUUGCUGCAUUAAGCCAGUCAGCACGUCAAUGAGCUGCUUAUCACGAGGUCAUUGCAUCGUGGCUACAGCGGUCAGAUUCUAGUGGGGGCAGGAAAAAAAAAAAGCUGAAUUUUGUUGUGGAAGAACUGCAAAUAUUUUGAAUCCGCUCAGAGGCCCCCACUCAGUGUUCCUUGUGGACUGAAGUGCAGCGGUUCAUUGUUAAACCUCAUCAGGAGAUUGUUGAAUGUCAACAGAAUUGCAUUUGCUGGUUUUACUUUUCACACAAUUGCACAUUCCUUUUGUUUCCUUGUAACAUGCAUUUUUAUUGUGUUGACAGCAUGGUUAUAUAUGCGCAGCAGGGUAUCGCAGUAUACGUACACAAAAAUAUUUAAUCUUACUUUACUGCACAUAGUCGUUUCCAGUCAGGAGCUUUUGAAAAGCCUACCUUGUUGAAGCUUCCUUGGCAAGUUAUGUUCCUGUUGAUUCCUAUUUUUUGACAGUGGUGUGUAAGCGCACUGCAACUACAAUUCAGUCAUCUACCUGUCUUUUAUUGUGCACUCAAGCCGAGCUUGUGAGAUACUGUUGCAUAGAGGAACCUUUACAUAUAUUGAUGUAUUCAUCAGGGUGCAUCUCAAGCGUUGCAAACAUUUUGGGAUUGUGCAGGUCGGCAUUGCUAAAUGACUAAGAUAUGUAUUAGCAUGGCACAUUCCAUUGACAACGGCUCCAACUCUUCUGUAGCCUUCGCGAUAUUUUUUAUACAGAUGAGUUUAUGAUGAUACAACAUGAGAUAAAACAAUUUGUAUAAGAAGCAUCAUGAGCUCUUUAUUAUUUAAGCAUUAGGGGCGCUGAAGUCUAUACUGGCAGGAGCCUCUGCUAUGCUACUAGUGUGUUGCUUUCAUUUCUUUUAUUGUGGUAUUGUCGUGAGCAUGAAAAUGAGCCAGUGUUUUUCAUUCAUUGCGACAUGCAGACUCGCUCUUUAGAAUUCAUUUGCACUGGGCUGUUUCCUUUACUCACGUGUCUGCACACAGUUUCAAAAACAUUACCAGCAUCACUCAGAUGAGUGUCAUUGCAUUUCUUUGUGGAAAUGCAUAAUGUCAUGUGAGGUUUCCUGGUUAGCUUUAGAUAGGCACGCCUAUUAACCCUAGGGCCACCUGUUACCUAGGGCACGCCACCUAGGGCGUGCCCUAGGUGAUUUCCUAGGAAUGAGAUUGUGUAUUUCAUUUGAGGACUAGUCUUGGUGCAACAUGUCCAUCUUCUGAUGCCUGCAGUGUGUAACCGAGAACUAAGGAGCAUUUAUAUUCAUUAUUACACUUAGAGAUGACAGUGCUGAUGCAUUUAAAUAUGUUAACGUGCAAUCACUGCACCACUCUUAUUCCUAGCAAUUCCUCUAGUAUAGCUUUUUUUUUCUAGUUUGGUAAUUGAUGCUUGUUGUCAGUGUUCAAUUUCGAAACCGAAAGGGUCUUUGAAUAAAACUCAUUUAUGAUAUUCA